AUGGACGCCGAAAACCAGCAACAGAAAGUCCAGGCUCCUGAAGCCCAGGCCGGCGCUGACAGUGCCAUCUCUCAGCAACCCGCUGCUCGUGAAUCCAUGGAUGCCAGCGGUGCCAGCAACAAAGUUGGUCUUCGAGGCGGUGGUGAGGGAGAGGACAUUUGCUGUGGCCUGUGCGCCGGGUUUUUGUGCUUCGAAUGCUGCAAGGACUGCUGCUAG